GAGGGAUUGGAUUUAGGAGUCACAUGGAGGGGAGAACUGGAAGAUGCUGUGCGCUGGGAAUCAGGCUGGAGUCAGGGGGUCUGAGACGCAGGAAACCUGUUCCUUUAAGGAGUAUAAGGAAGAGUGCAGUGUCUGCUCCCAGAGCCAUACAGCAGCACUGGGGCACUCUACCAGCAACUCCCAGGGUGUGUGGAGGGACAAAUUGCCAUUGACAGUGCAGAUCUGAGUGAAUGAAUGAAUUGGUUUGCAGAACUGCUGAAUGACCCUCUCAGGGAGAAGCAAGAAUUUUGUUUGAAGUUCCUAUUCUUUUGCCAAGAUCAAAACUAACUAAGCAAGUCUGUAGUUAAGCUAAUAUUGUUUUCAGUUGGCAGUGUCCCUGUGUGAAACCUGCCCCAGAUGACCCACUGGCUUCCGAACUACAGCUGCGAAACAUACACUGCCUGAUUCAAAGGGGAAUGGCCAGAGACACUCUGCCCAAGUAGAGCUUUGACAGUGAAGUUCUUGGACUGUUUUGCUUGUGGACAGAUGAUAAAGUGAUGGAUUCUAGUGUAACCUGUGUCUCUCCUGAACUGUGUAACCUGUUUCAAACCAGCUGUAUUUAAAACAUUGCUUAAUGGCAGUGUUAUUGUCUAACUCUCCCUGCUGCACCUGGGAGGAGCUUUUCCUGGUGAUUUCCUAGUCUGAUCUGAGUGACAAUGAAGAGCUCUGAUUUGUAUCUUGCAGAUGCUGUUGCUCUCCGUGCCAAGGACUGCCUGUGUCUCUCCCCCAUCGGCCUGAAGGUUACAGCCGGGAGUCUGGAUCCAGAGCGUGUUUCAUUUCUCAUUUCAGGCUAUGUUUGACAUUGCUGUCUAGCUCUCCUGAGGAGGAGUGGCAGGAGCUAGCAGGAUGGCAGAAGUUGCUGUAGAAGGACGUGAUGAGGGACAACUACAAGACUUUGAUCUCACUGGGUGUCCUGUCAGCAAACCAGACAUUGUGUCCCUGAUUGAACGUGAGGAAGAGCCAUGUGUCUGGGCUCAUCAGGAUUUGAGGGAAAGAGACUUUUCUAAAGGGGUUUCCUCUGCAGAUGAUGGAAUCAAGUGGAAGACUGAAGAGAAUCAUCAGCAGGGAAAUUCUGAGGGUUUGGCAGAGCACAGGAAUUUAUCACAAAGAGAGAAAGCAAAUAGCUCUGAUGAGGGAAAUACGUAUGAGGGUGAACACAAGCCAGCCGGCCAACACAGGAACACAGGGGAUGAGAGCGUAGAGCAAUCCACUCCAAAUGAAAGACCUUUCAGCAAAUGCCAAAACAUUCCUAUCCGCACAGGAGAGAGACCCCAUAAAUGUACUGAGUGUGACAAAAGCUUCACUCGCCGCUCCCAUCUUCUUCAGCACCAGAGAAUCCACACGGGGGAGAGGCCUUAUAAAUGUACCGAGUGUGAGAAAAGCUUCAGACAGAGAUCAGAGCUGAUCGAUCAUCAACGAACGCAUACUCAAGAGAAACCCUACAAAUGUGACAAGUGUGGGAAAAGGUUCAUUCGGAGCACACGGCUUAUUCAGCAUCAAAAUGUUCACAAUGGAGUGAAACCCCACAAGUGCCCCCAGUGUGAGAAAAGUUUUAGCUGGAUCUCAUCAGUUAUUAAACACCAGAGAGUCCAUACAGGUGAGAAACCCUAUAAAUGCCCCGACUGUGAGAAAACCUUCAGCUGGAGCUCGACCCUUAUAAAGCAUCGGAGACUCCACACAGGAGAAAGACCCUAUAAAUGCCCUACCUGCGCAAAGUGUUUUGUACAGAGUGCAAAUCUUAUUAAACAUCAGAGAGUCCACACAGAACAGAAACGCUAUACAUGUGGGGAAUGUGAGGAAACCUUUCUGAUCAGGUCUCAUUUCAUUCUGCAUCAGAGAAUGCACGCAGGAGAGGAACUCUACAAGUGUGAUGGCUGUGAGGAGUGGUUUGGUCUUGUCUCGGACCUUCAUAAACAUCAGAAGAGCCACACAGGAAAGAAGCCCUAUAAAUGCUCCGAAUGCGACAAAAGCUUCAACAAGAGUUCAAAUCUUAUUAAGCAUCAGAGAAUCCACACGGGAGAGAGACCCUAUAAGUGUCCCGACUGUGACAAAAGCUUCAUUCAGAGCUCUCACCUGAUGCUCCAUCAGAGAGCGCACAGGGGAGAAAAACCCUACAAAUGCCUGGACUGUGAGAAAAGUUUCCACCAGAGCUCCCAUCUCAUUCAGCACCAGAGAGUCCACACGCAAGAAAAACCCUUUAAAUGUCCUGAGUGUGAGAGAAGUUUCAGCCGAAGCUCAGUGCUAAAUAAACACAAACUAAUCCACGUGGGAGAUGAGAGCUAUAAAUGCAGCCAGUGUGAGGAAACCUUCAAUAGCAACUCCCGCCUUCUUCAGCACAAGAGAACCCACCAUGUGGAAAGACCUUACACAUGCCCUAGCUGUGAGAAGAGUUUCAGUCGCAGUUCGCAGCUUAUGCUCCAUCAGAAAAACCACGCAGCAGAGAAACCUUACAAGUGUGCUGACUGUGACAAAGGCUUCAUUUACAGCUCACAUCUAAUUCAACAUCAGAGAACUCACACUAGAGAGCGACCUUAUAAAUGUCCAGUGUGUGAGAAAAGCUUCAUUCAGAGCUCACAUCUCCUUCAGCAUCAGAAAAUCCACACGGGAGAGAGACCUUUUAGAUGCAGUGAUUGUGAGAAAACCUUCAAUCGGAGCUCCAAUCUUAUUAAACACCAGAGAACUCACACCAGGGAGAACCUGUAAGAGAUGCUUCCAUAUGAACUCCACGCUCUUGACUAUAAGAGUAUUCACACAGAAGGAAAAUCCUAUAAAUAUUCCAUGGGUGAGAGAAACUUCAGUCAGAAAUGUCAUGUUGUUCUUCAGCUUCACUGUACUGAACUGAAUUAAGGUCUCUAGGAAACUUGCCUUGACCUUCUUAUACUGGCAAGAGUUUUGCUGGUAUAAAUUAUACCCGUUUCCCCAACAAUAUACUAUCCUGGCAAAUGGACUCAUUUGCUGAUUAUAACUAUGCCUACACUACACACUGCCAGCACAGGUAUGUCUAUUAAGGGUGUGAUGAGGUGUGAUUUGUGAGUGAACAAUGUGCUGGUAAAAGCCCCUAGUGUACGCACAGUUACAUUGUCAAAAUUUGCACUUUUAUCAGUAGAAUUUAUUUUGUUUGUGUGGGGAUGAGGACGGACACUGUAAUAAACUAUACCAGCAAAAUGCUAUUUUGCCAGUAUCACCUGAGUCCAUGUUAGCAGCAGUUUGUGGGUAUUGUAUAUUGGUAUAAUACAUUGGUAUAGCUAUAUUGGCAAAGUCUUACAAGUGUCGGACUCCAACACAGUAUGUAACAAAGCGUUGAUUGCCCGAAGUGAAUAGUUAAGCUCCCCUAAAAAUGGGAAAGAGUCCGCAACUUGAUACCUGUCCAUGUGCAGAGAAAGACUAGACUCCUUCCUCCCACCCACCCCCGGUCACAAGAAUUGAUCAGAGGUGAUUGUGAUGAACUAGGAAUGUUCUUAAUGUUUUCUCUGAAUACUGUGUUGGUGCCUCAGUGUCCCUUAGGCAGUUCUUAAGUAUCUAGCAGAGCAAAGGGCCAGUGCACCCAAGUGCCUAACCCUCUGUCUCCUAGC